AUACAGCAUGGCCCAAACAGAGAAGAAGGGUGGGCUGCUCCGGAAAUCUUCUGCCUCCAAGAAACCAUUGAAGGAGAAAGUUGUGUUGAUGUAUGAUGAGAUUUUUACGACAGAGGACCCCAGUAAAUGCAACCCUAGGUUUUGGGAGGAGCUGUUUCUCAUGAAGGUCAACUUGGAAUAUCUAGAAGGCAAGCUGGAGGCUCUGGAUGGGGAAGAAUUAAUGAAGAUAAAAGAUAACAUCAACUGCUUGUUUCAGCACUGCAUCCAGGCACUGGGUGAGGAGCACCCAAUCAGAGUGGUCAAUGCGUUACAGACGUUGUGUGCAUUAAUUCGGGGUGUCCAUCAGAAGAACAAAUCCACUUCUGGAUUUGACAUCAUCAACAUGCUUGUGGGUUUUGAUAAGGCAGAGCUAUGUAUGAAGAAUCUGAUGGAGAGCUUGGACUCGCUCCUCUGUGCAGAAGGUUCUGAAAGCCUCAAAAGCUUGUGUCUGAAGCUACUUCUCUGCUUGGUGACGGUGACAGAUAACAUUAGCCAGAACACCAUCCUGGAGUAUGUGAUGAUUAACAGCAUAUUUGAAGCUAUUUUACAGAUCCUGUCCAGCCCACUUAGUCGCAGGGAACAUGGCUAUGAUGCUGUUGUCCUUCUUGCCUUGCUGGUCAACUACAGAAAAUAUGAGUCAGUGAAUCCCUACAUUGUGAAGCUCUCCAUCGUAGAUGAUGAGGCCACACUCAAUGGAAUGGGACUUGUAAUUGCCCAGGCUUUAUCGGAAUAUAACAGGCAAUACAAAGAUAAGGAAGAGGAGCACCAGAGUGGUUUCUUCUCAGCCCUAACUAAUAUGGUGGGCAGCAUGUUCAUAGCAGAUGCUGAUGAGAAGAUCUCAGUCCAAACAAAUGAAGCAAUCCUUUUGGCCCUCUAUGAAGCUGUUCACUUAAACCGAAAUUUCAUCACAGUUCUGGCACAAAGCCAUCCUGAAAUGGGGCUGAUGACAACACCAACAAGCCCAAUUCCAACGACACCUGUCACUCCACUUGGAACCACCCCGCCUUCUUCAGAUGUUAUAAGCUCUGCAGAGCUGCCUUUGGAUGCUGAUGUGCAAACUAGCAACCUGCUGAUAACCUUCUUGAAGUACAGCUCGAUUGUGAUGCAGGACACAAAAGAUGAGCACCGGCUACACAGUGGCAAGCUGUGUCUCAUUAUCCUGACAUGCAUAGCAGAGGAUCAAUAUGCUAACGCUUUUCUCCAUGAUGACAACAUGAAUUUUCGAGUAAACCUACACAGGAUGCCAAUGAGACAUAGGAAGAAAGCAGCAGACAAGAACCUGCCCUGUCGCCCGCUGGUGUGUGCGGUGCUUGAUUUGAUGGUGGAAUUCAUUGUAACACACAUGAUGAAAGAAUUUCCUAUGGAUCUCUAUGUACGGUGCAUUCAGAUUGUGCACAAGCUGCUGUGCUACCAGAAGAAAUGCAGAGUGAGGCUUCAUUACACCUGGAGGGAGCUCUGGUCAGCUUUGAUCAACUUGUUGAAGUUCCUCAUGUCUAAUGAGACUGUGUUGCUGGCCAAGCACAACAUCUUCACCCUUGCUCUUAUGGUUGUGAACCUGUUCAACAUGUUCAUCACUUACGGAGACACCUUUCUGCCCACUCCCAGCAGCUAUGAUGAGUUGUAUUAUGAAAUCAUUCGAAUGCAUCAGAAUUUUGACAACCUUUAUUCUAUGGUUCUAAGGCUUUCUACCAACGCUGGUCAAUGGAAAGAGCCUGCAAGCAAGGUGACCCAUGCAUUAGUCAAUAUUAGGUAA